AUGGAUGCACAGUACCCGUUUGCAUCUCGGGAAGAUAUCUGGCGUGUAUUCGAGGAGGUAAAGGACUUGUAUUCUACACAGCUUGAACACGGGGAGCGUCUCGCGAGGCUAGAGCGUCGAAGAGAGGAUGAUGCGCGGUUGAAGAGUGUAUGGGGCCCAAUAUCGCCAUUUCCGAGCACCAUGAGUGGUCCACUGACAGAGCCAUCUUACACCCCAACUGUUGACGCUUUCAAAGGGUUUGACCAAGGACAGCACCACAGCGUGAUCGGAAAUAUCGCCCUAGACAGCGAGGAGGAACCACGGCGGGGUGCGUCAAGGGCCAAUAGUGUUCGGUUUGAUGAAAGCGCAAUACAUGGAUAUUAUGGCCAGGUCAAUCGCUCGACAAGUGAACUUCCUAUUCGCACGGGCAGCGGCAUGAGUAGCCAUGCUUUGACUGAGCGGUCUCUCUCCCAUCGGUCUGAUGGCCGGCAGAGCUCCUCCGGACACUCCCACCAUUCAGCUCGGACUAGUAGCAUGGGCAUCGAUGCUGCACGACUAGUCAGUCCAGGUGGUGGAUCACCCGCAAGUGCGACAAUGCCACCUCCGGGGUUGUUCCUUUUGGGGCCUGUCCCUUGCAUCAUACGGUGUUGGCUCACGACUACCUUCUCCAAUGAGUCUUUGCUUUACGCGGCCAUUUGCUCUGGCUCCUACGCAUCCUCUGUUGGCUAUAGCUUGAUCGAGAAGCUCGGAUACGAAGAUCAAGUUACUGUUGAAGAUGGCUCGCGCUCCAUUAAACUUCCUCUAUAUCUACCAGAAGCCAGCAUCCAUCAAUCUUCCUCCCGCGCUGGUAGUCCCACACCUCAGCUUCCUGCUGUGACCGUGCGCUUCGCAGUGCGCGACGUUUGCCCAAAUGAUAAGAGCAUACAAAUCCUAAUUGGAAGCGACGUUCUCCGAUCUCACAAUGCAGAUAUUCUCUUCUCACAGGACAAAGUCAUUAUGGUUGACGAUGAUAGAAAUAAAGUUUCCGUUCCUCUUGUGCGGCCUGAAAAUGAUGCAGUGUUUAAAUACCUCCAGACUGCCUCGGAUGCGUCGCAGAGAGGCUGUUCGAAGCCACAUCACGAUACCGAACUACGAAGCAUCGCCAGCAACCGUGACCAUAGUUUGAUUGAACGACCAAUCUCAAGACCGCAGGAGACCGGCUCAAUUGCUUCCUCGAAGGUGGAAGAACCCGAAGACCGCGAUCGUGAGGAACGCCCUACGACAAGGGAUGGCGGUCAAUCUGAAGCUGACACACACGCCACGAGAGAGAGCAGUGUGCCAGUUGAACAGGAGGCCUACCCCGGUCUCUCGGCGAAAACAGAGCCUGCUGGACCGUGGGGCUCAUGGCGUCGUGCAGACGGCAAUGCUAUUGGAAUGGCGAAAUCGACACGCGGACGAGCGAUGAAGGUGCUUCGACCGUCGAAAUCAUUAUCCUCCCGGGUCCCCUCAGCUGCAUCUACUACCAGCGAACAACAUCAUAAUCAUAGUCAUACUACCCACACCCAUAGCCAUAGCCAUACACCAGUUGCGACACCAUUAAGUGACGGUCAUCCGCCAGACCUGGUACAUCCGACUCCGAGCCGAUUCAAGUCUGGCGAUGGCAGCAAGAUCCGGGCCAGCAAUCCGAUCGGAGGCGCGUCGGCAUUUGGCUGGCUCAAUUCUUCGUAG